AUGCGCCUUUCCGCAGAGGUCAAUGAGGAUGGCCAGUUCCUGCGGAUGACCUUCAUGGUCGAGCAGUUGUUAUCUAGUAUAAAAUCCUGCGGCGGUGUCUACAGGAUCAUCUUCUUUGAUGCUUUCAAGCACGUCUUCAGCAUGCAGUUCGAAGACUCGCUGUGGGCAUUCAGAGAGGCUUUCUUGAGCCAUUGUCGGAGUCACGGUAUUGACCACGAAGUAUUCCCACACUGGUAUUCACCAGAAUGGAAGGAGCACGUGUCCACAUGGAGGCCGUCCCUUUUCCUUCUAGCAGACGAUGGCCUCGCAGUCGAGGAGGACGAGGAGGCCAGCCUUGUACGUAAAGAAAGCUUCUUUUUUUCGGAGAUUUUUGGGCGCAGUGCAAGGAAGACGAGGAAGAAGCCGAGCAGAAUGCAAAGCUGA